AUGGGUGGCGAAACCGGCCCUAUCAAUGUUUCUCGGGUGAUGGCAAUGGUGAUUGCCGGAUUACUCGCUCUCUCAUGUUACAAUGUGAUUGAAAUCACCAUUUCAAUCUUCACCACCUUCAAACGCCGCCACGGGCUGUACUUCUGGAGCAUGCUGAUCGCGACAUUUGGAAUUCUGGUUCACGCCAUUUCGGUAUUCCUUCGCUACUUCGCCCUCGCGCCCAAUUUUCCUAUGUGUGUUCUGAUCUGUAUCGGCUGGUAUGCCAUGGUAAAUGGCCAGUCUGUGGUGCUCUUUUCUCGACUUCAUCUGGUGACGACCUACGGUCAGUACUCUCGCUGGGUGCUCUAUAUGAUCAUCUUCAACUUCUGUGCCUUGCAAAUUCCGACCACCAUCCUUUUUCUCGGGAGCAAUCGCGGCGUUGACAGCUUCGUCGACACAUUUAAUAUAUACGAGCGGAUCCAAUUGACCGGGCUUUCCGUUCAAGAGACGAUUAUCAGUGCUCUCUAUAUCUGGGAGACAAUGACCAGUCUACGACCCGUCCUGGCCUUGAAAGGUCCGAACGGUCAAAAGGCCAUUACCAACCUCGUUAUCAUUAACAUUACCGCUGUUUUGUUGGAUGCGUCUCUCCUAGCCACCGAAUACACCAACAACUUCGACGUCCAGACGACCUAUAAACCAGUUGUGUACGGCAUCAAGUUAAGAAUGGAGUUUACGGUACUCAAUAGACUACUUGCCGUAGUUCGUGCAUGUCCAUCUACCAUCGAAGACGAUCAGCACCUGCGCAGAUACAGUAUUCAUAUAGAUCCGAGUUGGACUUGUGAUCGUUCAGCUACUGUCUCUGCUUUUGCCCUGGAUCAAGGAUUGUAUGACCAAAGUGAUCGACAAAGAGGAUCUAAAGGGUCGCCUAUUCAUCUGCUCAGCUCCUGGCCAUCUUCGAAUCAUACCCAGGGAUCUGUAUGA